CGUCUGUGUUCUAUGCGCUAUAAAAGCAAGUCUGGCUUAAUUAAGCACGAGAAGAGGCAUGCGGGUGUUGGCAAGCAUAAAUGUCUUCAAUGUGGUAUGCUUGCCUUCUCCAGAAAAGACUUCGGGACGCACAUAGCCAGGCACAGCAAUGACAGACUAUAUGUAUACACCAAAUGUGGCAAGACAUUUAAGAUGCAAAAAGACAUGCAAGAUCACUCAAGGCUAGAGGAUUCUGAUGGGAAAUACGAGUGUGACACCUGCGGGUCAAAGUACAAGAAGAAAUCGGACCUAACGGAGCAUGUGAGAAAACAUAGUGGAGAGAAACCUGAAAGAUGCAUCGAAUGUGGGAAGUGUUUCCGGUUCAAGAACAAUCUCCGUAGACAUUUAAAGACACAUGCAAAAGGACCGCAGGCUGGUACAAGUGGCAUGUAAAUGUUAAUGCUGUAACAAUGUGUGCCAUUUUUAGCUCAUCUGAUUUUUUGAAGAGACAAGAACACCGCCUUGCGGGUGCUGACGCUCAUCUGAUUUCUUUUGUGUAAUAGAAAUAUUGUCCUACCCAUGAUUUUCUAAGUCUAAAAAGGGUCAUCAUUCUUGCAAAAAGCAGGAUAGAGUUAUGUUUCUUGAUGUACAGUGUCCACUUAUGAUGGUGAAAAACUGUUGCAAGUUUUAAAGCAAUAGCUUUAAUAGUUUAUGAGAAAAGUUG